UGAAGCUKWRAGACAGAAACAGCAGCAGUUGGUGAACUCUGGAAAGAAGAGAAACGGUUCGAGGCUGAGCUGGAGCUGCUCAGUAACUGUUAAAGGAAAGUUUGGAGAGAGAAAAGCUAGCAGAGAUGUGGAGACAGCAGGUCAAACAGCGGCUGGAUGCAGCAGAGGAGCAGAGACACGAAAUACUGGAUGCUGCUUUCAGCCCCGAACAUCGGCUGCACACAUCAGAUGUUCGUCCCACUGCCGCGGUCGGAGAAGUUUCCCCGGAGGAUCCCAGCUCUGACUAUGACCCGGAACCCGUCCGGAUCAAGGAGGAGCAGGAGGAGCUCUGGGACAGUGCGGCGGGGGAGCAGCUGGACAUGAAUGAGGAGAUAGAGAGCACCAGAAGAAGAGUAAAGAGUGAGGACGAAGAGGAGGAAGAGGAGGAGAAGCCUCUGGUCCUACUGGGCGCUCUCCCCAGCAUCAGCUCAGUGAACCAGAUGAAGUCAGAAAGCGAUGAAGAGGAUGGAGAAAGAGGAAGAUCCAGAAGAAUCCCAGAUCCCAGCACACAUGGAGACACUUCCAGCUCUUCAGACACUGAGGUCAGCGAGGAGGAGGAGGAGGGUGAUGAUGAGAACCAUUCUGACGCUCAACUCAAGCCCUUGUCAGACUCCGAGGCUGAAACCGAAGGGAGUGAAGACGACUGUGAGGAGAGCGGCUUUCGCAAGGCGAAGGGGAGAUCUCACAGCAGACCUUGGAGCUGCACCGAGUGCGGUAAACGGUUUACCUCCAAGCGUUCCCUUCAGAGUCACAUGGCAAGUCAUUCACAACAAAGACCUGACGGGAAGGAGAAGAAAUGUUUUAGUUGUGACAUCUGUGGGAAAAGUUUCAAGAGAAAAAGUCACUUAAACCUGCACACAAUAAUCCACACAGGGGAGAAACCGUUUGGCUGCGACGUCUGCAAACAAAGAUUCGGCCGAAAGUCUCACCUGAACAGACACAUGACCAUCCACUCUGGGGAGAAACCUUUCCAGUGUGAGAAAUGCGGCAGAAAGUUUGCCAGUAAAUGUCGCCUCAACUCACACCAGAGAGUUCACUCUGACGAGAAACCAUUCGGCUGCGACAUGUGCGAGCAAAGAUUCAAGGACAAGUCAGCGGCGAACCGACACAUGAAAGCACACUCUGGAGAGGAACCAAUCAGAGAAAAGCAGUUUGGCUGCAACCAGUGUACUAAAAGGUUCACCAGUAAAAGUUGCUUGAAUUCACACCUGCGAAUCCACAGCGGAGAGAAACCGUUUGUUUGUGAUCUCUGUGGGCAGAAAUUCUUCUACAAGGCGAAUCUGAAAGCACACAUUCGGAUUCACACAGGGGAGAAACCCUACAGCUGUGACAUGUGUGGACAAGACUUCAGAUCCAAGUCGCAUCUAAACACCCACCAGAGAAUCCACACCGGAGAGAAGCCGCUCAACUGCGACGUCUGUGGACAGCGAUUCAGCCGCAAGUCGCAUUUAACCAGACACAUGAAGGUCCACACAGGAGAGAAACCCUUUGGGUGCGUUCAGUGCAGCAAGAGGUUCACCAACAAAACCGACCUGACCUUCCACCUGAGAAUCCACACCGGGGAGAAACCGUAUGCCUGUGAUUUCUGCGGGAAGAGAUUCAUGGUCAAAUCGGCUGCAAACAAACACAUGAGAGUGCAUUCGGGAGUGAAGCCAUUUGGCUGCCAUCUUUGUGGCCAAAGGUUCACAGCGAAGCCCAGUGUGAAGAAACACAUGAUCAUCCAUACAGGGGAGAAACCCUUCUGCUGCAACGUCUGCGGGUAUAGAUUCAACCUGAAGACCAGUUUAGACAGACACGUUAGGAUCCACACCGGAGAAAAACCAUUUGGUUGUGACGUUUGUGGACGGCACUUUAACCGCAAGUCCACCUUAAAUACACACAUGAAGAUCCACAGAGAAGAGAAAGUUGCCUAGAAAGGCAAUUUGAGUUCUCAACUAACCCAACCAAUACACUUUACAGGUUUGUUUUGAAA